UGUCAAACCGACACUGUACUAGUCAACAAUAAUGCCGAGAACGACAAGAGAUCUCUGUACUUGAAGAUACUAAAGGCAGGUCUGCUGAGGAUGAUGAGCAGCCUGCCCCAGUUAGCACCCUGGAAGCUCCGCCCGUCGGUCGGCUGUGCGCCUCCUCAGCUCUCAUUCAAAACACAACACAGCUGUUGCGAGACGCGCUGUUGUGCUGCGGAGCGUUGUGGUUUAUAGCAAACUGCGAAGCGCCGUCCUCUGAUGUGCCCGCUGGAGUACCAUCAGACGGAGACGGAGGAAAACGGGGCAUUUCGGCUGCAGAAGCAGACCUCUGAGAAGGAGUGGACCCGAUAGAGAGGGAGAGAAGAGAAUACAGAGAAACAAGCAGCUUCCCCUCUGGCACUAUGUGCAUCUGACACACAUCUACUAGAGAGGCCGAGCAGGCUUUACUGCAGCUGAGAGCGAUGACUGGUCUCCUGCGUUGAAGCUCGAUGGUAUGGGAAUGAUGGACCUCCCUAAUGGCCAAUCAAGCAUCUCCAACACAGCUGCAACAGCCUCUGAGAAGAGCAGCAGCUCAGAGUCUCUCAGCGAUAAGGCCUCUUCCGAGCUGAAGAAGAGUUUCGACGCCGUCGUGUUCGACGUGUUGAAGGUCACUCCCGAGGAGUAUGCGGGCCAGAUCACCCUCAUGGACGCUCCUGUGUUCAAAGCCAUCCAACCAGACGAGCUUUCUAGCUGUGGCUGGAACAAGAAGGAGAAGCACAGCUCCGCUCCGAAUGUCGUGGCCUUCACCCGCAGGUUCAAUCAGACAAGUUUCUGGGUGGUAAGAGAGAUCCUCCACGCUCAAACGCUGAAGAUCCGAGCUGAAGUGCUGAGUCUGUACAUCCGCACUGCCAAGAAACUGUGUGACAUGAACAACCUCCACGCUGUCAUGGCGGUGGUGUCGGGGUUACAAAGUGCGCCCAUCUUCAGGCUCACAAAAACGUGGGCGUUACUGAGUCGAAAGGACAAGUCUACGUUUGAUAGGCUCGACUACCUGAUGUCCAAAGAAGACAACUACAAACGUCUGAGAGACUUCAUCAGCAGCCAGAGCAUGGUCUCUUGCAUACCAUACCUAGGGAUGUACCUGUCCGACCUGACCUACAUCGACUCGGCCUACCCGUCCACAGGCAGCAUAUUGGAGAACGAGCAGCGGUCCAACCUGAUGAACAACAUCCUCCGAAUCAUAUCGGACCUGCAGAGAUCUUGCACCUACGAUAUCCCAGUGUUGCCUCACAUCCAGAAGUAUUUGAACUCUGUCAGGUACAUCGAGGAGCUGCAGAAGUUUGUGGAGGAUGAAAAUUACAAGUUGUCUCAGAAGAUCGAGCCAGGCACCAGCACCCCUCGAGCCAACGCCUCCAAAGAGGAUCUUGUUGGUCAGGAAGCGUCGUCCUCCCCUCUCUGCGGUCGUAAGGGUUCCGUAGCGGCCGACGUCCCCGCCACUCCUCCGUCCCCCAGGAACCUGCUGCCCUACGGACACAGGAAGUGCCACAGCCUGGGCUACAAUUUUAUCCAUAAGAUGAACACAGUAGAGUUUAAAAGCGCCACAUUUCCCAACGCUGGCUCCCGUCAUCUGCUGGAUGACAGUGUGUUGGAGAGCCACAGUCCCAGCAGGGGACAGGCAGAGAGCUCAACUCUGUCCAGUGGCAUUUCACUCGGGAGCAGUGAGGGCUCCGAGCUCAGUGAAGAGAUGUCUUGGCCAGCUUUUGAGAGGACUCGGUUCUAUCACUCUCUGGGCCCAGUGACCCGUGUGGCCCGCAUCCCGUACAGAGGAGUCCUGAGGCCCAGCAGCUCGGCUGAGUCGGAGGAACUUGCCGUUCACCUUUAUCCCGGAGCCGUCACCGUCCAAGGGGUGCUGAGACGGAAGACCGUGCUCAAAGAGGGCAAGAAACCAACCGUGGCAUCUUGGACCAAAUACUGGGUCGCGCUUUGUGGAACUCAGCUUUACUACUACCCUGCCAAGUCCCUGAAGGCCACAGAGAGGAAGCAUUUUAAGUCCACGUCCAGCAAGAGCGUGUGUGUGGUGGGUCUCAUGGCCAUGAUGGCCGACGAUCCAGAACAUCCUGACGUCUUCUUGCUGACCGACUCUGAGCAAGGUAACACCUACAAGUACCAGGCAGGAAACAGGAUGAACGCUUUGCUCUGGUUCAAACAUCUUAGUGCUGCCUGUCAGAGCAAUAGGCAACAGGUGCCAGCCAAUCUGAUGUCAUUUGAGUGAGCGGACGGUGAGAAGAGAGGGUUGAGGAAACGGAAGCGAGGAGGACGAGGAAGUGGAAGCUUUCACUGCCAUGAGCCCCGACAGACCGACUCUCACCCCCCUCCGACCUCACCGCAGCCUCACCUGCCACUACUGCCUUAACCAGAGUUCCUAGUUGUGUCUGUGUGUGUGAGCGCAGGUCUGUGUGGAGACAAGCGACUGCUUUGGAUGUGCUGACCACUGAACAAGGACCUGCACCACUUCUCCCGACUCCCACUCGCUCUCCGUGUCUUUUGUUCAGCACUCCAGCGGAGCCCUGACACUUCUCUCCCCCACCCACCACACACACACACCCACCCCGACGUCAACAUCUGCAGCUUCAUUAGUAUUCUUUCUGAAGAGGCGAGCUCAUUUUAAUCACGUCUUCUUCCAGCUCACAUUCGGUCAGAACACGCUCCAGAGCCAUUUCUGCUUGAAUGUUACAGUUUUAGUUGCUUGUUUUUGCUUAACGAUUACUUGGAUCACACACACAGAGAAACACACACGCAACGUUCUGUUUUCACACCGGUGUUGAACGUAAGGGCUCCAGCUUCUGCAGGAACAAUUCCCUCCUUUCCUGAGUGUGUACAGUUUUUAGUGGAGAACUUGCCCUUGUUUUUCUGUCAUUUACUGAAUUUACUAGAUGUUUGUACAACUGCAUCAGGGCGGGCGGAGCUUCUUUGGAUUUUUCAGAAAUCUCGUCUGUGGUCCACAGUGGUACGAUAAACCCAGAAUCUAAGCUAAGUUCGUGGUUGGACGGAUGCUUUCCAGUUUGUUUGUUGUCGUUUUUUUUUAAUUAUUAUUAUUAUUCCAAUGUUUUCACCAGAGAGGAAAUGCUGCGUUUCCUGGACUCGCGCAUUCAAAACACUAAAGACUUGAAGCUGUGAAAAGUCCAGGAGGGAAAGAAACAAGAACUAAUGACUCGUGAUUUUAUCUCCUCUGCUCCCCUCUGGCCCAUUUGGUUUGUUGGAGCCUCCGUUCUGGAGCAGACACUCGAAGCUACCCGGAGCCAUACAGAGUCUGUUUUUAGGCUGUUUUUUUUUUUUUAUUAUUAUUAUUAUUUUCUGUGUUGUUCGGUAUAUGUUUUUGUUGUUUUAGUUUUUUUGUUGUGUUUUUUUCUUCUGGGAGAGAGGGAUGGUGCAGCUCACAGUAUUACUGUUGCCCAGCAACGUAGGUUUGUCUGUUACAUACGAAUGUUUUCUUUGUUGUUUUUUUUUUUGUUUGUUUUCUUUUCUACUUUUGGAAUAUUUUCUUUGAAUCCUUUAUUAUUGAUGUGGGAAAUUUUCAGAAAAAAAAAAAAAAUCAAUUUUGCUUGUCCGCUUCAACUAAUCCCGGCUCAGUUUUAGGCUCCUAACGAAGUGGCGCCUUGGGUGGAAAAAAGGAAGCCUCAUAGGUGGCGAUUAGUGCCAAGUGAUGUCAGCCUCACUGCUUUUUUUUCUUUUCCCCCCUCUGGUUGACGAGGCAUUGAAGGGUUAUCAGCUAAAGUCUGUGGGCCGCAGAAAUCCUUCCGUGAUUCACGAGCAGAACCUGGUAGAGGAGAGGAGGGCGGAGUGAUAUUCAGAAAUAGCAAAUCAUUUUAUGAACAGGUGUUUGUUUACAUUGUACUGGUGCAUCUCAGUAAAUUGUAAAAUUGUCAAAAAGUUAGCUUAUUUCAAUUGAAAUUGUAACAUAAAGUCAGGCACUCCUUCGGAAUCACUUCCAAACUCUUGAAUGGGCAUCUUUUCCUUCCACUAAACCUUCCUUAAUCUGCCUGGAUACUCAAGUGAACGACCAGCUUCUUUAGCAGCAACUUUGUGUGGCUUACCCGACCUGAGCAGUAACCUUUUCCAUUAGCUACAUUUGUUCAAAUUAACAGAAAUAAAACCUUGCCACUUAUCGCCCUGUUUAUAAUAAAUCUAUAUAAUAUGAGUUAUACGUCACUGAAUUACUGAAGUAAGCCACAUUUUCAGUGGAAUAGUAAUUUAUUUCGAUGCACCAGUAUGUUUAUACAGCCUAACCCCUUCACUCUGCCCGCUGUACCGUACUAGUAGGAGCUGAUUUGUGCACAGGCACAUGUGUGGCCUGUCUCUGAGGUACAGUGCUGGAGCAGAGCAGGUGGUUAAUGGGAGGCAAAUCUCAGAACUAACUCUUACCUCCUGUCCUUCAUCUCUGAGGUGAUCCCCAACGUCACAGACACACACCCCGAUGUAGAAAAUCUGUCCUUUAGCCCAGCAUACUGUACAGUUUAAUGGUUCAAAAGAGCCACUUUUGUUUAGGUCAGACAUUAUGUAGAUGGACAGGAUCAGGUUAGGAAAACAAAUGAGAGAAAAAGAGAUGUUAUGGUGGACAAACCUGUGGAAGAAUGAAUGAGGAAGCCAAAGAAAGGCAUGUGUAAUGUGUCUCUGCAAGUGUGUGUGUGAGGGAGAGAGCCUGUUCAUACUUCUCUAUUAUUUUUUUUUUUAAACGCAAUGUAAUCAAAGCCAGGUGAGGCGGCCUGCCACUGCUGAGCAGUGGUGGGGGGCGGCGGGCGGCCAGUUUACCCGAUCAUCCGUGUGACUAACGGCUGACGCUACGGCUCCACGCCGGCUUGCUUUGCGCUGGACGUGUGAAGAAAAGGCGGACUCGGAAGUGGGAACUGAACCGGAUCAGAACAAGGGACUGCUUAGAGGGACAGUGCCACAAACUGUGGAGACGGGCCCGGCCGGGGGUUUGGCCCGAAGAGACAAAGAAGGUUAAAGUGUAUUUAACCCUGGGGACGCUGGAGGCCGUUUUCCUAACCGGACGGCGCCGGUGGGCACCGGGUGACUGCAUGAGAAUCAAAGCGAAGGAUGUGAGAAUCUGCAGAGAGGACUGUGGAGCAAAGUAGCUGGGGGAACGGAUCCCCAUCCUGACAGCGAUCACCUUUCCUUUCUUUGCAUUUGCUUUAUCUGAUGCUAAUUGACAAUGAUAAAUGAAAUUACAACCUAUGUAACUGAGUUUUAUACCAGAGCAAAUAAGUGCUUUAUGGGUUAUCUGUGAAUUUGAGUUUAAUGAUCAUGACAAGCACUUUUUGUGACGUUUUCCCCUCACUGUUACCUGGGUUUACAUUGUUUAUUAUUAUUAUUCACUUCUGUACAGCGUAUGGUCAACAUAAUGGAAACGCGUUGAAUUAAUUUUGGGAUGUUUCAGUGGUAGAUACUGAGCCGACAUUGACAUGAGAUCCAUUUUUGUUUUGUGUAGGAGUAGAAACUGCAAGUAUUGGUCUCCCUUUAGAGCUUAAAGCACCAGGCUUUACUUUUCUCUGCUUCACCAGACUGUUUCCUUUAAACUGACCAUACUCUCUGCACACGCACAGCUUCCACCGUAUUACCCGCUUUGCGUCGCUAACCUGAGUUCAGUCGAGCAAAAGCGUUCGACCCCGAGGAAGUGUUAGUUUAUUCUUUGAACCAAUGUGACUCUGUGCCACCUGUCGGGUUUCAUUCACUGUUUACCAAGAACGGCUACGACGGCUUGACCUUCAGCUGACUCCGUGUGUCUCUGUCUACUUGUGUUGUGGCCGUGGCGAGCGCUGUGACCUCUCCUCUGAGUGAUGCGCUGCCUGGUGUGAAGACUGAGAACCAAUAAACACUCUGCCCUGUUUCUUUUA